GACAGAAAUGCAUGCCUCAUUAUAAAAAUGAAUGGGAGCCAAACUGAAAUACAGGAUCCAGACAAUCCAGGAAACAAGCCUAAACAGUUCGCCUUCGACUACUCGUACUGGUCUCAUGAUGGCUUCAACGAAGAGCCUGAUGGCUAUCUCAAACCUAAAGAUGCAAGUUAUGCUGAUCAGCAAAAAGUGUUUGAUGAUCUCGGCAAAGGAGUUCUGGAGAAUUCCUGGAAUGGCUACAACUGUUCUCUGUUUGCCUAUGGUCAAACGGGCAGUGGAAAGUCGUACUCCAUGGUUGGGUUCGGCUCUAACAAGGGGAUCGUUCCACUAGUGUGCGAGGAACUCUUCAGGAUGAUGGAUGAGAAGAAAUCCUCCCUGAAGGAGGGAGAGGAAUUUGGGGUGACAUUGUCAAUGCUGGAAAUCUACAAUGAACAAGUUCGUGACUUACUGAACAUAAAAUCACUCAAGGGAGGAUUGAAAGUGAGACAGCACCCCAGCAAGGGAUUCUAUGUGGAGUCUCUGACGACCCCGCCAGUGAAUAGCUAUGCUCAGAUUGACAGCAAGAUCAACGAGGGAACACGUAACAGAACGGUCGCGUCCACUAACAUGAAUGCAACCAGCAGUCGAGCCCACACAAUCGUUGCAGUCACUUUUGUACAGAAGACGAUAAAUGAUGCAGGUCAGAACAUGACCAAGUCGUCCGUGAUCAACCUUGUAGAUUUAGCUGGCAGUGAACGUGCUGACAGUACGGGAGCGACUGGUAAUCGCCUCAAGGAAGGCUCGGCCAUCAACCAGUCACUGAGCACUCUGGGAAACUGUAUAAAGGCUCUCGCUGAUCAAUCAUCUGGCAAGAAGAAAGUUUUGGUUCCAUUUCGAGAUUCUGUUUUGACUAGACUACUACAAAAUGCCCUUGGUGGCAACAGCAAAACAAUCAUGAUUGCAGCCUUGAGCCCUGCCGACAUUAAUUAUGAAGAGACUCUUUCUACUCUUAGAUUUGCUGAUCGUGCGAAGGCCAUCAAAACGAUGGCAGUCAUCAACGAGAGCCCGACAGACAAGCUGAUUCGAGAACUGAGGGAGGAGAACCAGAAGUUGAUGGAGAUGUUGAAGGCUGGAGGUGGAACCAUGAUGUUGCAGGAAUCCACUAAAGGAUAUUCUACAGAUGAGGUUGAAGAGAUGAAGAAAGGGUUGGAGGAACAGCUCAAAGAGAACCAGCGUGAGAUGGAGGAGAUGAAGAAAUCCUGGGAACAGAGAAUGGCCGAGUCGCAGGCCGACAGCAUGACGGAACUCCAGGAAGAGAAGAAGAAGCAGGAGGAGCGUAAGGUUGUUCCUCACUUCUGGAACCUCAACGAAGACCCAGCACUCACGGCCAUGGUCAUCCACUUCUGCAGGCCUGGAAAGUGUCGUGUUGGUAAUAAAUCGGCAUCACCGACUCCAGAGAUUCUGCUUAAUGGACUAAGCAUUCAGAAGGAGCAUGCCGUGGUGGAAAACAACAAAGGUGUGGUCAAACUGGUGCCGAUACCAGGCGCGAAAAUCACCGUCAACGGAGAACAAAUCAAAGCCAGCAAAGAGCUGCAUCACAAUGACAGAGUGAUAUUUGGUUCGAACCAUCUGUACGUGUUCCACCACCCCCAGGACGAGGCGAAGCAGAUCAAACAAGGGCUGAAGAUAGAGACCCCUACGUACAACUCCGUGCAGGAGGAACUGGCCCAGCACACGGGACUCGUCAAAAAUGAAGUGGGCAAGUCAAAAGAGGACAUGUUACUGCAGGAAGACCUGAUACAGAUGCUGCCGAUGGUGAACGAGGCCAACGCUAUGUCUGAGGAGCUCGAUAAGCGAGUCAAGUUUGAAUUGGCCCUUGUGUCGCCCCAGGCCCGAGGACUCACCGAGGGCAACACCGAGGUUAUGGUAAAGAUGAAGAACUUGGAUAACGACAAUGAGUGGAUGUUGGACCGUAACGACUUCAUUAACCGUAAAUACCUGAUGCAGGAGAUGUACCAGAACUACAUGGAGGGUGCACCGGACUGGGAUGUAGAACAGGACAAAGAUCCGUUUUGGGAGCCGGCAGACCGAGAUGUGUUGAUUGGAACGACUCACGUGUAUCCUCAGUCCCUGGCCUACUUGAUCGAGCUGCAGGAGAGCUUCAAAAUCACUGAUUACCGGGGAGCUGAACACGGCGUGCUGACUGUAGAGAUGGUACCAUGCACUUCCAACUGGAAACCAAUAGAAGAGGAUUAUGUUGAAGACCCCAAUGAGCUGUUAGGGAAAGAACUAAAUUUUAUUGUGAAGAUUCCCCAUGCCAGAGGAUUACCAUCACAGUUUGUCCAGACAUUCUGUAAAUACAAGUUUUACUUGGAUAAACAGGCUUCAGAAACUGAGAUGAUCUCAGGCACUAUGAACCCCAACUUCGAUCAUGAGAAGAAGUUUGUAUUUAAACCAAUCACUCAGCAGUUCAUAGAUUACCUGGCGUCCCAGGCGGUCGUCUUUGAGGUGUGGGGAAGACAGAAGGACACUGGGAAUGCUGGUAAGACUGGGAAGGCUGCUGGUAUGGACAAGAAAACUCCAGCUAAGACAGGUGUUACAGCACAGACUAAUGGAACAGCACAGAGCAACGGUACAGGCAGUAAUGCUGUAGGCAGUAAAGGCACAGGCAGUAAAGACACAGGCAGUAAUGGUGCAGCUAGCAACAAUGCACAGGCAAAUGAUAAGACAGCAUCACAACUGAAAACACAAAAGAAGAUGGCCGAAAGAGCAGAAGGAAAGCUGCAAUUGAUGCAGAAUCUGCUGGACACAGCAAAGUCGAAAAAACAGACCACAAUUCAGAUUUCUAAUUUGGAAGCCAUUCUGAAAGGCCAUGACUUAAAGUAUUACGAAACUUCCAUGAAGAAGAACACAGGAGCAAAGGGAUCACAGGCAUGUUCUCUGCAGUAACCAUAGCAACACAAGAACACAGCCGAUAUUAUUGCCAUCUGUAACCUUGUUUCAGCAUCGGUCAGAGUGUUAUAGGUUAAAUUGCUCACACGGAACUGAUUAUCAAAUCAUAUAUUAUUGGAAUAUAACAUAUGUAUUUGUCAACAAGUUUAUGAGCUUUAAUUGAAAUAUUUGUCUUGUAUACAAACCAACAACCUGGUGAUGAUUUGUUGAUUGAAUUAAGUGACUUUAUUCUUAUUAAGUUGACCUGAAUGUCUGCUAACAUUUUGUGAAGUGGAUGUGAAUAUUAACACAUUUUACAGAUUACAUUAAUCCCUACUAUUUUGUAUUAUGAAUUGUUGGUUUUGAUAAAGAUUUUUUUACAAUAUUUCCUAAUAAAUAAAACUCUUUUAAACCGGACACCCACAGGAUCAAGUAAAAUGUCCAGUUACAAGGGGUAUCUAGUUUAGAGAAGUUGGGUAUCCAGUUUAGAGAAGUUUUGUUCUCAUAUUAAAAAGGGACCAUGAAAAAUAUUUAGUUUUGAGGGAAUUUCGGUUUACUAAGUGUCCAGUUUUGAUGGUUUCACUGUCUGUAUUGUUAAUAUGAAAAACCUUAGUCUAAUUCAGUUUGACUUUAUUAGGAAGACACUAAUGGAAUAAAUCAGUGUGGUUGUUUUAAAAUGUUGUACAAUGAUGACCAUUUUCCAGGUAAGCCAUAUGUUAUGCCUUCAGAAUAAACUGAAUUAAUUGGUGAACGUUUGACGACACCCUAGCAUAAACAAAGAAUUAAAACAAAACAAAACAUGUUGUCUGUAAGUUAUGAAGCAAAUUGAGACAUGGGGGGAAAAAAAGACAAUUAUUAGACAAAACUCUAAGGUUCUUGGAACAGGAUUUCAUUCCUUAUGUAAUAGGCUCCUUUAAAAUGGCUGUGGUCCAGUGAAAUAUGUUGAAAGCACUUGUUAUGAUUUUUAAGUAUUUCUCUUAAUUAUCUAAUGUUUUUAUUUAGCAAAUCAGAAUAAUCAGUUUUGUCUUCAAAAUAUUAGGAUCCAAAUUUCCCAGGAAAGCUAUUAAGGCCAGAAGGCAGGGCAACAAGGCAAAAUAAAUAAGUGAAACUUUUCAUGUUUUGUAAUAAAACAACUUUCCAGGGUCACGUUCGAGUUUGACGUCCUGCAAAAUAAGGCACGGCCAGUUUGGCAGUGAGAUUGUUUAAUUUCGAAGGCACUGGAGCACAUUUGCUGUUGGCCAUUUGCUGCAUGGCCACUGUUAAAUUUGAGCUCUGCAUUUUAUGUACUGGACAAUUACAAGAAUUGCAGUGCAUGGGCAUAAAAAGGUGCCAAAAAAUGGGGAGCACACACACCCACAUAUAUAUAUAUACAUGUAUAUAUAUAUAUACAGGUACUCUUCCAAAAAAGUAAGGGAACCUGAAAUAUUAAUGUUAAUAACAACUAUUAGACCGAACAUACAUUU